AUGACCACAUACAGCGACGAACGAAUAAUCGAAGCGGGCGACGACAUGAAGUGCGCAAUCGAUGUCGAUCAAACUUUCUUGACAAUACAAGCAAUGCUUGGGCAAGAGAAGAAAUGUUACAAAAUACCCGACUAUCUUCAAGGUGUUCCCCUGCUCAACGAAUUCGAUCAAAAGACUGUGGAUCAGGAAAUACGCUUAAUGGUGGCACAUUGGACUCUCCAAUUGGCGGAAGCAUGUGACUAUGGGGUGGAAACGUCUUGUCUCGCUAUGUCCUGUCUAGACCGAUUUUUGUCCACCAUGGAAGGGUACAUGGUCAUUCUCAAUCCACAUGAAUUCCAGAAGGCAGCACUGACAUCGCUCUACAUUGCCGUUAAGAUGAAUGAGUUUGAGGUGUUGGGUCCUCAAAAUAUUGCUUUACUCAGCCGGGGGCAACACACGGCCGAAGAUGUGGAAGAAAUGGAACUGUUCAUUCUCAAAUCCUUGAAUUGGCGUGUCAACCCCCCGACUGCAUUGUCCUUUGUCCGAUUGUACCUUCAAUUGGUCCCCAACCUUAACAAGAAAUACCUGGAUAUGCUAAUGGAAGUUGCCGAAUCGCAAAUCAAGCAAUCCAUUUUGGAUUAUGACUUGUGCAGGACGUCAACAUCCAAGAUUGCUUUUGCCUCCAUGAUGAAUGCGAUUGCGAUUGUUUACGGGGAUAAGAAACUGUGUACCACCAUGCGGAAACUGAUCGGGGCAGUGACUGACAUAGACUUUAGAUCUUUGAAGACACUCCAGCGAGAACUAUUUGAAGCCAUUCCGAUCGAAGACUUAGAAUCCUUUAACCAGAGCGACGAAGAAGAGAAGAAAGAGGAAGAACUUGGUUUUGAUCAGUCUGUCGAAUUCGACCAAACGGGCAGCCACAAGCCAGAGACUUUCUCCGACUCUCCCCGAGAAGUAUACAAGAACAACUGUAGGCCAAUCAUGGUGCGUACCGUUACUACCUAA